CUUGAAGUCGACUUGAACCCCCCAGCGCCUGCCUCAGAGAUCGGAGUACCGAAAGGUCAGCAAAUGUUGAGGCACUUACCUUCAUCGUGAUCUACAGGGAACUGUAUAAUUACCGGGCUUUACGUUUGGUGGUCAGAUCGGUCAUUAAGUUGUUUUGAAGACUCGGACCACUCGGUGCCGCCAGGAUCUCAAAAUCCUGAGAUAAUCUCAUUACUAUGUACAGUACAGAGCACAUGAGAGGGGUUGAGGCGGACAACGUGGUCGCAUCAACAGAACGGGGCUCUCAAGGCCGAGCCAGGUCACGGAGUCAGCCAAGAACUGGCAAGCGGACUUCUACUUCCCCUUCCCGAUCCCGGUCACGAGUGCGCUCAAACCGGAGCCCGGAUCGCCACCAGCAUGGCGUAGCGUCGCCCAAGCCGAUGGCAGGAUCGGACGCGAGGCGAGACCAACGGCACCGUCACAGCCGGCAACGGAGGAGAAGCACCAGGUCGCUCUCCCCUGGCAGGGAAGAGGAGCACCGUCGUCACCGACAUUCACAUCCCCGGCCCCGGCGGGACUCGGCGCGGCCAGAAAAGGAACGCCGAGCUCUCCCUUUUGGGGCCCGCCAGCUUUCCAACCGUGACCUUGCCAGCUUUCGGCCUCUUUUUGCCCAUUAUCUGGACCUGCAGAAGAGGCUAGACAUUGCCUUGCUGGACGAAACCGAGCUCCGCGGUCGUUGGAAGAGCUUCGUGGGUAAAUGGAACAGAGGCGAGCUCGCAGAGGGCUGGUACGACCCAGCCAUCUUCGAGCUGUAUGCCGCUCAAGACUCCACCGCACCAUCGUCUGGCUCUGCCUCUGCUCCAGACGGUUCCCGGCAUCCGCCCCGUGGCCCUUCUAAUGACACGUCCACUACUAAAGACAACAGCAACAACAACAAUGGGGCGGCCAAAGAAGACACGGACACGGACACAGAAGACGACGGCUACGGCCCACGGCCGCCUCCUGGUCCGAACGGCCUCAGCCCUCACCCUCUUCGACACCACUCACCAUCAACCAACCCGCCUCCCCCCGGCCUCCAACCAGGCCCAACCAUCCCUUCCCUCUCGGACCUGGCCCAGCGCGACGAAGAAGCCCACUUCUUGCGCACACAAUCAGCAGCAGAGCUGCGGGCGGCACGGCGCGCCCACCGGGCCUCGCAUAAGGCGCUGUUGGACGAGCUGGCGCCCAAACCGGACGCGGGGACGCACGAGCGGCGCGUCGAGAAGCGGCGGGCGGUCGCGGACAAGCUUCGCGGGUUUGCGGUGGACAAGGAAGGAGGGAUGGUGGACGAUCUCGGCGAGGGGGAAGUCAUGGGUGGGUUUGAGGCGGACGCCAAGGAGGAGUACAGGCGGUUGCUGAUGAUAAGGGAGGAGAAGAAGAAGGAGAGGGUUGGAAGAAGGGAGGAGAUGGAACGGAUAAGAAGGGCGGAGCGGGAGGAGAGGGUCAGGAGUUACAGGGAGAGGGAGGAAAGGGUGUUGAGCGGGUUGAGAGAGAUUGCUAGGCAGCGGUUUGGGUGAGAUCAGUACCUACCAACUUUAGGUAUGUGGGUGGGGUUGAAGUCGGUAUCGCGUUGCACCUUGGGCGGCAGGACAACGUCUGCGGGCGCUGGCGCUUAAGGGGAAAUGGACAGUGCAGGAUGCCAAUGAGACGCCACUGUAACAGGAUGCAGUAAAAACAGUUGUUCUUCAUUACAAGUUCUAUAUGCUUGGAUAUCAUUACGUCGGCGCGAAACAAACCCCA